CCCCUUUUCAACCUUUCUUUCUAAAGCUUUGUCCCUGCAAAACAAAAAAAGUUACCCGCUUUUUCAAAUAAGCAGGUCCCCUCUCUCCUUUACACAUCCCUUCCUAAAUCCACUCUAGAGCCUUUAUAAAUUGUCCUCUCUCUCUCUCUCUUUAUUACUUCCUCCUUCUUUAUACCAUCUUUCUAUAAUUUUGCCGCAAUAUAAUAAUGUCCUCUGAUCAAGCAAACGGUUCGUCAUCUGGUAUUACUGUUGUCCGCAAGAAACUUGCAGGCUAUGUUGGUUUCGCCAACCUUCCCAACCAAGUCCACCGCAAGUCGGUGAAAAAGGGUUUCCAGUUCACCUGCAUGGUUGUUGGUGAGUCUGGUUUGGGUAAAUCAACGUUGGUCAACACCCUUUUCAACACUGCCCUUUACCCGCCCAAGGAAAACGUCGAACCUACGCACGAAACGCCCCAGACGGUCGAAAUCCAGUCCAUCACGUCUGAUAUCGAGGAAAACGGCGUCAAGUUGCGCUUGACUGUUGUCGAUUCCCCAGGUUUCGGUGACUUUGUCAACAACGAGCAAAGCUGGAAGCCUAUCCUGGACAGCAUUGAAUCUCGUUUCGACGCGUAUCUUGAGCAGGAAAACCGCGUCAACCGUCGCCGCAUGGUGGACAACCGCAUCCACGCCUGUCUUUACUUUAUCGCCCCAACGGGUCACGCAUUGAAGCCAUUGGAUAUUGAAUUCAUGCGUCGUCUUCAUACCCGCGUCAACCUGAUCCCUGUCAUUGCCAAGGCGGACACCUUGACCGAAGAAGAAGUGUUUGCCUUCAAGCAGCGCAUCUUGGCUGACAUCAACUACCACAAGAUCCAGAUCUAUCAGGCUCCUGCAUACGAGUACGACGAUGAGGAGACGAUUUCGGAAAACCGCGAAAUCAUGUCCAAGAUUCCUUUCGCUGUUGUCGGUUCGGACAAGGAGUUUGAGGUCGAGGGCAAGCGUGUGCGUGGUCGUAAAUACCCCUGGGGUGUUAUCGAAGUCGACAACGAAGAGCACUGCGAUUUCGUAAAGUUGCGACAAAUGUUGAUCCGCACGCACAUGGAGGAGCUCAAGGAAUAUACCAACGAUGUGCUGUAUGAGAACUACCGUACCGAAAAGCUGACCGCCAUGGGUAUCCAGCAGGACCCCACGGUAUUUAAGGAGGUCAAUCCUGUACAGAAGAUGGAGGAGGAGCGUGUUGCACACGAACAGAAGCUUUCCAAGAUGGAGGCCGAGAUGCGUGCUGUGUUCCAGGCCAAGGUGCAGGAGAAGGAGUCCAAGUUGAAGAAUUCGGAGGAAGAGCUGUACGCCCGCCACAAGCAAAUGAAGGAGGCACUCGAAAAGCAGCGGUUGGAUCUGGAAGAAAAGAGACGUCGUCUUGAAUCUGGCCGACCCAUCACCCCUGAAAAAUCUGCCAAGAAGCGAGGCUUCACCUUCAACAAGUAAUCGAUCGACUUUUUUGUGAUACACGCCAGCGUGUGAUAUCUAGCAGUGAACUCUGUGUGAGGGGAGGAUCGUAGUAUGUAACUCUUCGUUUCCCUCGCUGUCCCUCUGUCUUCAGUCUGUCUCUCUCUCACCCACUCUCAUCCUCUUCACUUAUUCUCUCCCUUUUUUUUUUGCUUUGAUUCUUUUUUUCUACACACAUUAUAUUAUCAUACUAUAGUCUUUUUAUAAAACCACCUUUUCUUAUUUAUACGGUC